CCACGAAGGAGCAUGUGACCAGUGACGUCACAGACCUCCUUCUGACAACUCCAUUAUGGCUCAGGUUGGCUUCGCUGCUGUUUUGAGGCUGACAAAUGUUGCGAGGCCUAGUCGGUUCCUGAAUGCACGGAGAGCCCCUCCAGGCCCCAGCGUCCCUGCCCGCACUGCGGUGUCUACAAGCACCGGCGCCAUUCAGCCCAAACCGGAUAAGAUUAGCUUUGGCUUACUGAGAGUGUUCAGUGUUGUGAUCCCAUUCUUGUAUGUUGGAACGCUAAUCAGCAAGAACUUUGCAGCCCUACUUGAAGAACAUGACAUUUUUGUUCCAGAGGAUGAUGAUGACGACGAUUGAGACACUGCACGAGGCAACUACAUCCUAAAAGAAAACGCAAUAAAUCACAAUCAAAUAUCUUGUCAUGGAUUAUUUUGAUGCAAUGUACUACCAUGUAUAGUAAUUAAUAAAUUGAGUUUAAAUCAGAA